UUAGCGACAGCGUUGCACGACAUAUCGGACGUCUUGACGGCACUUGACGUGUCUCCGUCAACACAACAAUGGCGGAUUCCGGGGAGGAAGCUCUUCAGGGCAGCUGGGACCAGGAUCUAGCAGAGGCUCUGGACUCUGGUGGUUCAGACAUGGAGAUGGAGAGAAGCAUCAUUCAGGUCCAGGAGCACUCGACUCAACAUAGAUCCAAGAUGUGGAAGAUCGCUUUAAAUGUCUCUGGAAAAGGAGACAGCCUGUCUCCCUGGGAUGGUGUCCUCGACCUACCAGAACAGACGCUCAUUCAUAACCGCAGCCAACAGCUGAUCAACCAACUGGGAGUUUCAGAGGAAGAGGGGAGAGAGAUGGUAUCGGAUGUCGAGUCCGUCAUCACUUUCUACUGCAAGUCUCGCAACAUUACCUUCACCCCGGAGCUCAGUUGGCCGCACAUCCUCAAACCGCUGCUGGGGCUUCAGCUGUCUCGCAGCGACCUUUACAAUUGCUUCUACGCAGUCAUGAACAAGUACAUCCCCAGGGACUGUGUGCCGAACGGUCGACCCUUCCACCUUUACAGACUACUGCUGCAGUAUCAUGAGCCAGAACUCUGCUCAUUCUUGGACACCAAAAAGAUCACACCUGACUCCUAUGCCAUCAACUGGCUGGGCAGUGUGUUUUCCAGCCACUGCCUUCCUGAAGUUACCCAGGCCCUGUGGGAUUCUUACCUCCAACAGGCUGACCCUUUCCUCAUCUUCUUUCUCAUGCUUGUCAUCCUCGUCAAUGCCAAAGAGACCAUCCUUGCACAGGAAGAGAGCAAAGAGGACAUCAUCAAAAUGCUGGAGACAUCCCCUUCUCUUCUAGAAGCAGAGGACAUAGAAGAUUUGUUUUCACUAGCUCAGCAUUAUCAGAGCAAAACCCCUCUGUCGCUCAGAAAGAUGAAUCAGAAUCUGUUUGGUAGCAGUCUGGUGGCCCUUAAAGAAGAGGACACUGACCUGAGUCAGGCUUUGUGCCUCCCUGUGUCUGUCCCUGAAAUCCUGCAGGCCAACCAGCUGCAGCAGGAUGGGGUUCGUUUCUUUGUGGUGGAUUGUCGGCCUGCAGAGCAGUACAAUGCUGGGCACCUGUCCACAGCCUUCCACCUGGACUCUGACCUGAUGCUGCAGAACCCCUCUGAGUUUGCUCUCUCUGUGAAGUCCCUCUUGGAAGCACAGAAGCAGUCUUUAGAGUCGGGCUCCAUCGCCAGCGGAGAGCACCUCUGCUUCAUGGGCAGUGGCAGAGAAGAGGAGGACAUGUACAUGAACAUGGUGCUGGCACAUUUUCUACAGAAAAACAAAGAAUAUGUGAGCAUCGCUAAAGGAGGCUUCAUGGCUUUACAGAAACAUCUAGUAGACAUGAAUGUUGAAGGUCUCGACUCUUCGUACGUCAACUGGAUUGUCAGCACAUCUGGAUCUCACAGCAGCCUCAGCUCUGCUGAUGGAGAGUCUCUGAGCAGCCCUGGAGACGGCAAAGGAGUUAAGUCCUUGGUUAACAAAAUGACCUUUGCUCUCAAAUCCAAGUCGGUUAAUGUAAAGGAGAAGAUGAUCAGCUUCAUCGAGAACACCUCCACCCCUGUAGAAAGAAUGUCUUUCAAUCUUCCCUGGCCAGAGAAGGUGAUUCCUGACCGACACGUGAGCAGCAGUGAUCGCGUGGGCAAACCUUACCGGGGCGUGAAGCCCGUCUUCAGUAUUGCAGACGAAGAAGAGUAUGACACGGAUGAGAUUGACAGCUCAUCCAUGUCAGAUGAUGACAGGAAGGAAAUCGUCAACAUUCAGACCUGGAUAAACAAACCAGAUGUAAAACAUCACAUUCCAUGUAAUGAAGUGAAAGAAACUGGUCACAUGUUCCCCAGUCAUUUGUUGAUCACAGCGACUCACAUGUACUGCCUGAGGGAGAUUGCCUCGAGGAAAGGCUUUGCAUACAUCCAGUCCAGACAAGCACUGAACUCUGUGGUGAAGAUCACAUCCAAAAAGAAGCACCCGGAACUUAUCACAUUCAAGUUUGGGACUAACAACUCCGCUGGAGUCGAGAUAUCCGCUGUUGAGAGAUAUUUAAUACCCAACGCCGGUGAUGCCACAAAAGUCAUCAAGCAGCAGAUAAUGAAAGUUCUUGAUGCUCUGGAGAGCUCGUAAGCAGAGAUUUAGUCAUCACUGGAGAUCGUGAUGGUCACCCACAACAUAAACUGAUAGUCUCCUUCUCCUGCUCUCCCUCGGGUGUCCUCCCUGGACAGAUCCCAGUGCAGUGUUGACUGUUAACGCCCCCUCCAUGUGUCUGCUCUGGGAUGUGGGCACGGGGCCGACUGCAGACCUGUGGGACAGGCUGCAUGUGUCUAAAUACAGAGGUGCUCCACAGUGAUCCAACCAUUACCUUUUCACUAAUUUAAGAAAUAUUGGUUAUAGUGUGUUCUUCCUUACCACUAGUAAAAGAUGGGAUGUCAUUACAGCGCAGUUCAGUUUAGAUGAUUUCCUUCAGGCCUUAACGUAGCAUACUGGCUGACCAGUGGCAAACUUUAUUCUACCCAUACAUGACUGACCUUUUCCUUCGACUUGAGUAUCUCAGUUCUUACUAACUUGUUUUGAUGUGAGCAGCAUUGCAUUUCUCUCGACAAGUUAAACAGAUUUUACAAACAUUCUUCAGAAAGUGUGCAUGAGUCAGCCACGCUCAGAUGUAGAGACACAUGAAGCAGGUUUCCUACUGCAACAACUGUUUUUGAUAAUUUUUCUUUUCCAGCAGGCAGCCUUAAAUAGAAAUUGAGGGUCUUUAUAUAUAUAUGACGUGUAUAUACAGUGUAAACUGCUCUAUGUCAGCACAGACCUCUGCAGUGUCAUUUUGACAGCAUAUCCUGAAAGUUAUUAAUAUUCUGAGAAACAAACAUGGUUUGAUGCAUCCCUUGUUUCUACAGUAAGAAGUAAGCUUUUAACUGUGUGUUGGGGAUACUAUUUAUUGUCAGCAUUUAAAUCCAAUAGUAAAUUAUCCUCAUCUCAUACAGUUGUAGCUCUCAAAGUAUCAUCCAUGGCUCAUCUGGACCAAAUUGGAAUCAUACCAGGAGGUUCAGUGAUUGUAGUUAAAGCCUGAACACCUCACCCUUAUUUUAUUUUAGUUUUUCAGUUUAGUAUGUUUGUAAGUGAGUUUCUGGUUAACUCGAUAAAAAUGUUUUUCUCAUGUGAGCGUCGUCAACCUCUUACGAAUAAGAUUGUUGUAACGAGGGCGGUGCUUUGCACUUAAAAGCACAUCUUUGCAGUGAAUUAAACAUGAACUUGUUUAAAGGAAAGUCGUAUCUGUUUUCAGAUCAGUCUGUUAGUUGUAUUAGUCGAAACUGAGCAGCUCCAGUUGGCUUGCCGCUGUUGCCUUCGGCCUCAUGCCUGUAAUGGGACUUUUGGCUUCAGCAGUGGCAACAUAUCACAGUACACCACUGCUAUGAUCUUAAUCUCCAACGUUUCCUCAUUUCGCUUACUCAUGCUUUUGCUUUGAAGUCUACUUGUUUAGGCGUGCGGGGUUCAAAGUGUCAGAGCCUCCUGUGUGACUGCUGGAGUCAAAUUUCAGUCCAGAGAACACUAAUCCACUAACAUUUCUUAGAUUUAAACUGGGUUUUUCCUCAUCUUGACUAAAUCAGAAUUCACAUCUAAGAAAUGAGCAAGAAAAACUUGAAAUAAAGACUAAAUCUGGUCUUUAAUAGCAUUCCCAGGUAACCCACGCAUUGUGUUAUUUGUAAUUUUGUGAUCAUUUUCAGUAUUCUUAUUGACAGGAGCAUCCUGAACUGGGAGUCUUCACAUUGCUCUGUACCAAUCCUGGCAAACUAUGUCGAACCACUUGUUGAAAAUGCAACAUGUCUCAAGUAUAAUUUGCACCUUACUGUACUGCUGUUAUUUUCUAAGCAUUUCCGUUUUUAAUAAAUGGAGAUUAUUGGACUGCA